CCCACCAUGAAAAUCAAGCCAGAGCCAGCGAGCGCAGUAGAUAUCAAUGAGGCCGGGGAAGAAGUCCUCCACAGCAGUAAGACUGCAUCUCGUGUUGGAAAGGCGCCAAAGUCGAGUCCGCGUACACCACUCAAGUAUGACAACUCUUGUUUUUCAAUUUUCAAAGGACCCAUCGAAUAUGCGGUCGAGAGUUAUGAUGGUCCUCGGCCGUUGACGAUAUUCUCGAUGAGUAGCGAUGAUAGCCCGGAUCUCCAUGAGAUUCCAGGGCAGAGAUUUAGAAAGGUCUUUUAUCGGGAUGAAAUGGACAUCAUCCAUCCUAAUGCAUCACGGAGAGGACAUGUCAAGUUGACUGUGUUCGUGGCUAGCCAGGAUGAGGAGUGUCCGAACCCACGGCUUUACGUGGAACAGCGUGUGUACAGAGGGAAUCGAGAGAUGACUGUAAUCCAGGAACUGGUGUUCAGAACCAAUAUUCAAAAGGGGGUGGAAUAUGUAUUCAAAGGAUGUGGGGAUGAAGAUCUCAGCACUGGCAAGCAGGAUUUGCAUGUCAGAUUCCACUCGCUGGAACAAAAUACAUUUGAUAGCUACAUGAGCCAUGCCAGGUAUUAUGGCUUCGACAGAAAUGUUGAUCUGCGAAUUGAUAAGAAUAUCCUGAAAGAUGGCUUGUUCUAUCGGUUUCCCAGCAUCCCAGGGAAUGUCCAGUCAAGCAGUGGCAUUUCCUUCAAAGGAGGUGAACUUCAGUCACUUCUGGAAGCAAAACGCAAACAGAUGGGGACUGGUGAUGAUCAAGUGUUGAAACUGCUGUCCAUGACCUUUCCGGGCUUGGGCCACGCGACAGAAAAUGGUUUUCAUGUGGGCGCUCUUCAUCUUCGCAUUUUAUACCACUGAGAAAGAGUUUUUGUGGAUAGCUCAUGGUCAAUGGA